GUUGAGUUGAAGAGCAUCUAAAUAAAAUAGGGGUGGGCCUUUCCACCCACACCACACAUGCUAUUGAGACAAAAAGGACACUUCCACCCUCUUCCCUUGAUCAGUUCGGCCAACCCACCCCAAUCAGCAGCAAGAACCCUCCAUCUAUCAUCCUCCAUAGCCAAGAACAAGCUCAAGCAAGGGUGGUUCAAAAGAAGGGGGAUUAAGAAGGAAAAAGUGAGGAAAACUUGGAUAAUUAAGGUUGAAGCUAGGGCCUGUUGUCUACAACUUUGCACAGGUGGAAAGAAUCUAGAGGAAGACGUGGUUCGUGCUUCCUUUAUUAUUUUACAUCAUAAACUAUGCUCACGGAUACUUUUGUAAUAUUAAAUUGUUUUGGCCUGCGAGCCUACGUUUUGCCAUAUGUGGCUUAUGAUUGACUGUUGAAUAUUUUCCGCUAUUCAUUCAAUCUAUGAUGUGAUGUUGUUAUGCAUGUUUACUACUGAGUAUGGUGUGAACGAUGUUC